AUGUCAAAGCCAUAUUAUUUCUUUAAAAAAGCAGUGAGGGAUGUAUUGGAAGAUAAUACAUUUUUGACAUUAUGGGAACUUCUAGAAUCCUGGGUUUUUCAAAAUUACUGGAUGACAAUCAUCUUUAUAAUUUUCUUAGUAAUCAUUUUUGAGAUGAUAUUUGUAAAAAUUCAUGCAUACGUUCAGAAGAAGACUGCACUUCCAGAAAAAGGUAGUUCUUACACCAAGAAGAAUGAAGACAGUAGCCUAAGGCACAUGAAGCAUGCUCUAAGGAACCAUCCAGUUAUUCAUCCAUCUUCAGCAGAAAGAGAUGACAUCUUUUCAGAAAGAACAACUACAUCAUUACUUACACCUGAAAGAAAUGAUGGUAGCUUCGAAGAUGAAGUUUUAUUGUCAGGUGAACUAAACCGGGCAGGCACCAAUGAAAGCCAAUAUCAUGUAAGUCACAUUUGCAGAAGUCAUGUGACAUCUUCAAGUGAGACCAGCUCAUCUUUGUCAUUGUUUCACUCAGAAGUAAAGGAAAUUUUUCUAAGGAACAGACAGCAUCCAGAAAAUGAAUAUGAAACAAUACAAAUUUCUUCAAAAAAAUUAUUUUCAAUAAUGAAAACCAACAAAAAUAAAAAUUCAGGGUUUUCUUCUGAUGCUAGUUUUUCAAAAACAUCUAAAUUCUCUAUAGAGAAUGAAAAUCUAGAUGUGACACCAUGCCCUCCUGCCCAUUUAUUUCUUUCUAGAGACCAAGUUAGACUUCUGGAAGAAACUGUGAGAAAUCAAAUUCCUUUACAUCACAAUGCUACACUAGAGAGUGAAGCUAUUUAUCUAUGCUCGAGAUCUAGAGAGUCCUUGGUUCAGAACCAACAUUCUGUUGGGAUGGUUAUUCUUGCCCAAGCACAAGAUUCUUCUCCAGGACAAAAUGCUAUUCAGAAUCAAAGUUUUUAUGAAACUCGAUUCCCUAGUCAAGACCAACAGUUUAUUCACAAUCAAGAAUCAAUCAACAACCAGCCUGAUAUCGGUGCUACUAGUUAUUUAGCUCUGCCUCAAGACUUGAUGAAAAAACCAUUUUCCACAAGCACACGAGACUCUCUCCUGGCCCGCAAUGUAGAUACAAGCCAAAAUUUCAUCCCAGUCCAAUAUACUGUGGAAACACAAGAAGAUUUUAUCAAAGGCAAAGGUUCUGAUAUACACUUAGGUGAAAACCAGUAUCCUGUUUCUUUUGAAGAGUCAAACAAAAUUAAAUAUUUUAUCAACAGGAAAGAUACUGUUUUUAAAAGUGCAGAAUUUCUGGGUCUAACUCUAAGUCCAAAUUCAGUUACUGAAGAUAUGCCACAACUAAAGAGUGUAAAGUCAAAAGACAAGCAACAAAUGGCUUCGUCAGAAUUAACCCAGUAUUCUCUACAUAGUUCAAUGCCUCUUUCACCUACCAUGAAAGGGCAGAAAGACAAAAGAAAAACACUUGACAAUAAAAGCAAACUCAAUCUUAACAUUCCAUCUCUAAAAACAAAGAAAACAACCUCAUGGGUAUUUCAAACCACAGGAUUUCACACUUCAAAAAACAGGAAUGAACUGGCAUGUAAGAAUAACUCUCUGAAGAAAGAAUUGCAUCAAAGGAAAGGUCUCUUAGGUAUAGCUUUGCAGCUUAUUUCUGUUCCCACGCUUAUUCCUCCAUACAUUAAAAAGUAUUCUAGGAAAAAACUAAUGGAAGUCAUGCAAGGCUUAAUCAAAUGCAGACAUUUUCUGCAGAAGCAGAAUGAAUUACCAGAUACACAGGAAAUUGAUCAUGUAGGUUCUGCUGAGGAGAGAGGUCUCUCAGGCAUUACUGAAAGUGCACAGCAGCAUGAGAAAGAAAAUAUAGGAAUAGAAGAUGUUUUGCUAAGAACGUCACCUCAGCUAGAACAGUCUUUCGUGGUUAACACUGAUCAACUAAAAGUACCUUGUUCAUUAACAGAAGCAACCAGGAAAAGCCAACAAUCUCCUGAAGACCCAAUUAAACAAGCAAAAGAAAUUAGUAUUACAGAAUUGCAUGCCCCAGUGGACAAAAAAGCAGUUGACCUGCAUAUUCCAAACGAUGAGGCACCUUCAGAAGCAGCUAUAUCAGAACCUUUGCCCAAACUGGUUUCCUCUCCCAAAAUGGAAUCGAACAGAAGAAUAGAAACACAAGAGGACCUACAAAGUAGAGAUAAUUCCCAUCUUCAGCUUUCAAAUGGACAGGAGUUACUAACUAGUUUGCCAAAAAUACAGAAGCAUUUUUCAAAGGAAAAUACACAGAACCCAAAAGACUUUCUGGAAAUUGUUCUGGAAUUGUCCAAUCCUAAUUUGCCCAUUUCCCUAGGACUCAGAAAGCAUGAAAACAGAGAACAAUUUGAAGGCCUAAAAGUUCAAGUAAAUCUGAAGGAAAAUAAACAAUUAAUAUUUAAUAUUACAGAAUGUGGCAGUGUAAGGGAAAUUGAGGAACUGGAAUGCAACACUAAAAGCAACAUAAAACAUAUUCUUCAAGGUAAAAGCACAUCUGAUGCAUGUCAUAAUGCCAGCGACACUGAAACACCUGAUAUAGAAAUACAUAGCAGAAUAAAAACUAAGACAAAUACAUCAGUAAUAAUAAGGCUCAAUCAUUCAACAUUGAAGCGUGAAAUACUUCCAGGUGAAAAGACAGUACAGAAUGAAAAAUACAUUGAUAAGAGCUCUGUACUUAAAAAAACAAAACAAUAUGACAGAGGGCAAGAGGAACAAGAGGAGGAAAAAGCCAUUCCACAGCUGACACCACAAGAGAUCAGCUUCAGCAUAUAUCCAAAACAAAAGCCUAAAUAUAUCAAAUUCAGAGUGGAACAGAUCAGUUUACAAAGUAGAAAAACUCAAAAUAAAGAGCUAAAAGUACAACCACAAACUCUUUCUAUUCUGGGGACAAGUUCACCCCCCAAGAUAGAUCCAUUUCAAGUUAAGAAGGUAAAGCAAAACACAGAAAGACCUCCAGGUAGCGAAAGUAUUAUAGAUUCAAUGAAUCCACCUACAAUGCCUGAGAACUUGUCAGUUGGUGAACCUUUAAUUGAAACAAUAGAGCAUGGUAUCCCAUUUGGUGAAAACCUCAGUAUUGUAGUAGAUAGUGAUAAUGCAGAAGAAAUGGGUGACUCAAAGAGAAAUUUACGUGCAGUUGCCCUGGAGUCUUUCAAUGUAAGAAGAAAAAAAUCAGGAACAAAAAAUAUACUGAAAAUUCAACAUGUAAGUAUGAAAGUAAAGAAGAUGGCAAUCUCACUAAAGCCUUGUAUCAGUAGACAGGGUAUUCCAAGCCAUAUUAAAAAUUUGGGAGACAAUUUUGAAAUCACAAUUAAACAGACACCACAAGAUAAAAUUGUAGCUGAUUUGAAUUGCAAUGAGGUGAAAGCUAUUUACCCUCACACAUCUGUUUUGCCUGAAGCUAGAAGAUGUAGCGGAUUAAAUGCAGAGAAUUUCAGUCAUAUCAGACCAAUUCAAGAGACACCCCAACUUGAAGAGGAAGAAAAGUAUUCGGAGUCCACUAGUAAGGACAAUGAAUCUCCAAAUACACUAGAAGCUACAUUGCAAGAUGAGGUGAAAAGGGACAAAGAAACUCAGAACCUCAGAUUGGAUGCAAUUGCAGAAAAGGAGAUUAAAACAGAGAAAGAAAUGCAUCAACCAAUCCCAUCAACAGAAGCCACUGUGGACUCUGUUGACUCCCCUCUAAUAGAUCUAUCUCAUGUUGAGAGUGUAAAGAAAAGCCUAACAACACAGACAGACUUCAGAAGCACUGCAGAUUCAGAGACGCCGCCUCCAAUACCAGGGAAACCACUAAGUGGAGACCCUUUAAGCCAAACAGGAGAAAGUGAUGUUCCAAGUAAUGGAAGUGAUACGAGUGAAAUGGGUUCCUGUUAUGCUGGGGAGAAGGCAGGGUUACUGAAGGAUUUACCAGCAGCUCCCCUUGAGACUUGUGAUUGCUCCACACCUGUUUUGUCUUAUUCUAAAGGAAAGAAAAACAGAGUAAGAUUUGCAAGCAUGGAAACUUUAUUGAGCCCCAAAUGUAUAAAUAUGAAAAUAUUGAAGCCAUCAAAGUCACAAGUAUCUAAUAUCACAGGCCACAGAAAAAAGAAAUCAGAAUUGAACUUUAAGACCGUGGUUAAAAAGAUCAAUCAAACUGAAGGAUUGGUCCCCGACUGUCUAAAUACCCUUUACUCUCCCAUUCACAGCCAAUUGCAGAGCAUUUUCUGUCAUACUCAGUUAAAGCCAUACAAACCAGCAAAGAAAAAUUAUGUUGAUUUCUUUGCUAAGAGUAGUGCAUUCUAUGACCGGGAAGAAAAAUUGCAAGAUAAAGAAGAAAAGGAACAAAAGCCUAUAGGAGAAGCAGCUCUACAGCACAGCCAACACGUGUGGUCUGAUGCAUUUCAAAUGAAGGAGACCCACCUUAACAAAACAGACACAUCACUGGACCGUUUAACACAGGAACUGCAAAGUAUGCAGCACCAAAUGGGUUUUACAGAAAGUGCCUUGGAGGUUAGCCUCAAAAUGAAUCCUACAGAAUCUGAAGAACUACAGACAGCAAACCAAACAGCAAGUGACAUGAUGGUUGCUAAGAAUGCUGAGAUGCCACCUCCCAAAUCAGCACAGACUCUGAAGAACAGCCAAGACUUCAUAUUCAAUGCCCAUCAAAAGGCUCAGAAAGAUAAUGAACUAGUCAAGUCAGGUGAGGAACUGAACCAACCAGGAAGUGCAAAUAUUCAGAUACAUCCACAAACAUAUUUUCCACAGACUAUUCCAGGUUCUAGUUUGUGUCCUAUACUGGAUAAGUUUCAACUUGAAAAGCCAGAGAAAUGUAUCACAUUUUCACAUUCAAAGUCUGGGGAAACAAAGUCUUAUGUAUUUUCUGGAAGAGAAAAUGGUAUCCUAUCUGAUGCAAGCCAUCACAAGAAACACGCUGAUGGCAGUAUAAAGAAAAAGGCUGUGACUUUUGAUUUGGAUGUUCUUGAUUUAUCUACAUCUGGAAAAAAGAGAAACUUCAAACAAUUUUCAGACAUGAAAACGUUAGUAAAUCACAGAUGUGGGAUUAUAAAGGCAAAGAAACUACCAAUUUCACACAUGCUCCAUCUCAAGGGUGGUACUAGUCCAAGUCAUAGAAAAGAAUUGGGAUAUAACUUGACAAAUAAAAUAAAAGAAGUUCAUCAAGGGAAAGAAGUGGCAGAUAAAAUGUACUCUUUCAUGACUGUUAUACCUGAUAUUAAUAUGACUAGCAAGGUAGAAACAGAAAAAGAUACACAAGCAAAGCAAGAAAUAUCACCACAUGAAAUUAGCAUUUCUUCAGAUGGCAUCAAAGAACCCAAUCUUAAAGAUGAAGAGGAAGAAUAUGAACAGCAGGCUUUAUUAGAGGUAAUUCCACAAUAUAGCCAACAUUUUGUAUUCUGUUCAGAUCACAGGAAGGAUCUUGAUAUGCACAAAAACCAAGAAAGAAGGAAAAUUUUGUUUGUUACAGAACAAAGUGUCCCACGGCUAUUUCAGUAUACAAAAGCAAUACAAGGAGAGGAACUUAACAAAAACCUCCAGCCACAAGAUGGCGUGAUGUGUACACCAAGUCCAACACUUCCUCUUCUACAACCAGAAAAAACACUAACUGGUGAAGUUUCAAUUGGUACAAGAAAACAUGGUGUCCCAACUGAUAGGAACCUUAUAGGGGAACUGGGCAGCUGGGAUGAAGAGGGAAAGGCAGAGCUUGAAAAAGAUCUACAAGCAACUGCUCUGGCAUCUUUGACUGCCUCCUCACCUGAUCUAAUUGAACCCAAAAGACAGAGGAAGACAUUCACAUGCAGAGCCUUAAGAAGUGAAAUGAAUCUCAAAUGUGCAAAGAAACCGCCAAUCUCUCAGACAUUUAGUAUCACAGGACAUGGUACCCCAAGCCAUAGAAGGCAAUCAGAAUGCCAUUCGAAAACCAUGACAAAACAAGGCAAACCUGUGGCAGAUACUUUCUUAAACACCAUUUCUCUCACCCCUUUGUCCCUUGACAUGAAAGUGCCCAACAAAAUAAAGGAGAGAGAAAUGCCAUGGAAAAUGAGAGUUGGUCUCAAAGUGGGACAGCAGGAACAAUCAGCACAUGAACAAGGAGCCUGGUGUGUAGAUCUCAGUGAUAAGAGCAGAACCUCAAAGGUCAAAGGCCAAGGUGGAGAACCAGUCCCACUAAUUUAUGAACACUUCAAUUUCAAUGCUCAUAUAGUGAAGGGGCCUAACUUUGUGAAAUCAGAUCUAAAACUGAAGAAUUCAUCAAGUGAAAAAAUGUCAGAAGCACUUACUCAGAUGCUGCAGCAACACACAGUUGCCACACAAAGCAUGUUAAAUUCUAUUUUGAAUUCAAUUCCACUUGAGAAGCUACCCAAAAGAACAAAACCACAAAAUGACUUAAAAGAUACAAGGAGUACAAAUAUUUCCUCUCCAAUGCUAAGGAAACCAGUUAGUGGAUUUUUAACAGUUACAGCGCAGAGUUACAGCCCAUCUGAAAGAAGCCCUCAAAAAGAAAUUACCAGUUCAGUUCCAGCAGGAAAGAUAAGGUUACAAAAGGAUUUGCAGGCGAGAAUUCUAGCAUCUUUUGAUUCCUCUAUGCCUGCUUCAUGUGAAUUUAAAGUACAAACAAAUGCAGCACAAGUCCUUAAGUCUAUAACUGAAAAAGAACAGAUGUCAUCAAUUUUUAAGACAAUUAAUGUCUCUAGGUAUGGUGCUCUUCACCAUAGAAAGAAACAAAAAUUCAUCUUGGAAAAUAUGCACAAAGAUACAUCCCAAGAUAUGUCAAAUAUAUUAGUGAAUAAUUUUUCACCUGUACUUGUUUCAUCUGGUGUCAAAAUGCAUGAAAAAGCAAAAGCAGUGAAAAGUCCCUUGAGAAAAACAGGCAGUAUUAUACAUCGAAAGCAAAAUGAAAGGAAAAAAAUGCAUACCUAUCGUUCUAAUAAAUAUAAUAUCUCAAGCAGCACAUUUGAAGGAAGAUCACAAAAUGAAGAGGAAAAAGAAGGCAAAGAAGUUUCACUUGAAGCAGGUCUGCAAUUCCUGGACAAGAGAGGAGGUAGAAAUUAUCAAGGUGUGCUUAUUCCAAAGCAGGAUGUCCAGCCACAAACACUGGGUUCAGGAAACUUACCAGAGUCAAUUUGUUCUCCUCUAAAAACUGCAUUUCAAAUUGAAAAGCUGAAGAAGCACAUCCUGCUGCAAAAAGACAUACCACAUAAAAUGGAUGAAAAGAUCCCAUGUCCAAAAUCAGAGAGAGCAAUGUUUGACAAUCUUUUAACAGAUGCAAAGGAAUAUAGCCCUGUAUCUGACGCGAGCCUCACAAGGAAGCUGGAUGUUCACAGCGCAGUUUCCCUACAACUUAAGGGAAUAGAGGAAAACAUAAAUACACAAGAAGUGAUAAAAUGCACCGUUGAUCUAAAUAUCCCACCUAUGAAGUCCAGGAGCUCAGUGUUUGGAGAUCCAGGUAGUGAUAUCACCAAGAAACAUGAAGAGUCACAAAGAAAUUUGCUAACGGUAGAGAUGAUAUCAGCUUUAUCAGAUUCCAAAAGGCAGAAAAUGGUGUUAAAAUUUCCAGAAAGGAAAGAUAUGGAUCCGAAAGGUUUAACUACAAAAGCAAAGAAGCCUCUUUGUUUACAAAUGCUUAAUAUUACUGAGCAUAGUAAUCUUCAACAAAAGGACAAACAGGAGGACAAUUUAAAAUCUGUGAUAAAAGACAUGCAACAAAAUAAAUGUGUAGUCAACCCAUUUUUGUCUCCCACACCUGUUCCAACUGUUAUCAUAAAAGAUCAAGAAACACACAGCAGAUCAAAAGCAGAAAUGAACAAACUUAGAAUAAAAAUAUAUAAUUAUAUCCAUCCACAGACAGAGAAAUCACCAUAUGAUGAGAAAAUGCAGAAGGCCAGUUUGACUGAUAUGCAAAGCAGAUCUAGCAAUACAACAGAAAUGCACAUACAACAUGAAGAAGAAAAACAUAUCCACAUGAUAUCAGAUUCAGUUCCAUUUUAUAGCCAGCACUUCAAUUUCCAUGCACAUCAAAUGAAAGAUCCUGGCCCUCACAAAUCAGAAUCUGAGCGGCAGAGUUCUGAAGUCAGAGGGACUGAGAAUUUAUCUUAUAGGAUGGAAGAAACACAACUAAGAAAUGCUAUUUUGGAGACUUUUUGUAGACACUUGAAGAAGUUUCUUCAAGUUGAACCAGUGAGAAAGAGUCCUCAUAUGCAAGAAAUAAAAAGUAUGACAGGGCCAAAGGUUCCAUUUCUAAAAGCAGAGAAAUCAGAAACUGGGUCAAUGCAAUACAAUAUUCCCUGGAAAGAAAAUCCCAGAAGGAAAUGGGACAGCCCUAUUUUUGAGAAAAAGACAUGGAAGCAAAAGGAUUUACUAAGAACAACUCUCAAACCUCUAGAUUUUUCCAGACUCAUGUCAUCUGAAUCUUUAAGCCUGAGCUUCCCAUCAGGCAAGAAAAGUAUAAUGAGUCCCAAGCACAUGAUUUCAAAGGCAAAGCAGCCACCAAUUUCACAGUUUCUUAGUAUCAGAAAGUAUAGAGGCCAUAGAAAGAAGAACCAACAGAGCAUUAAGUAUAAGAUGAGAGAGCCACAGUGUUAUGUACAUGUGGGAGAAGAGACCUUAUUCAGUGCCCCUGAGGGUGCUAAGAGUACAUCUCCCAAAUUAAUGAUGGAUAAACUCUUAUUUGAUACAAUAGCAAAGGGCACUGUAUCUAACAGAGCACUUCAAGUAAAUCUGUGUGAUUUUAUUAAAAAGAAAAAGAUGGAGUUGCAAGAAAACUUAGCUACAGCUUUCUUAGCGUCUUUGGAUUUCUUCAUGCCUGAUCCUAAAAGCCAGAUAAACACAGUACAAUUAUCAGAAAAGGAAAUCAUGUUGAAUUACGGAUGUUUAACUAUGAAGAAGAAACCACCAAGCUUACAUAUACUUAAAAGCAGUAGACACUUUACCACAAAACAUAGAAAAGUAUUUGCAUCCAAUUUAAGAACCAAAAUGAAAGCCAUAUGGCAAGGUAAAAAUGUGACUGAGACAGUUCCAAAUACCAUGUACUUCACACCACAAACUUCUGAAAUGAAAAAGCAAAACAAAUCCAAAACAGAGACAGACAUUAGAAUAUCAAAGUUUAGUAAUGCGCAACUAACACAAGUCGAGUCACCAGUUGAAGGGAUAACAAGAUAUUCCAAUUCCAUUGACAAGAGUGGUAUUUCCAACUUUUUAAAGGAAACAAAGCUAAAAUUUAUGCAUCCUUCUAUGUCUAUUCUAUGCAUGAAAGUAAAGGAAUCACCUAGAACCUGGGAUACAUGUGAACAAUCUUGUGAAAAGUUAAAUGUCUUGAAUAAAGCAAAAGAUAGGAGAAAAGUAGAGUAUGAUCAAGAAGUUUUAUUGAGAACAGCUCCACAGCAUAUCCAACCAUUUGAGUUUGGAGUAGACCAAAUGAAAGAACUUGGUCCUUUCAAAUCAGAAGCAACUUCCUUUAGUAUGGUAUGCCCUGAGAACACCAUUCCUCAGGAAUCAAAAAUUGACUUAAUAGAUCAAGAAGCAAAGAUGAAAGCUGUAGAGAACUUAAGUCCAGAGUCUGCUUUUAUCAAAAGUGCACAUCAAAUUGGAAAGCAGGAGAAAGAAUUUAAAACUACAAACUGGAAAACAAUAGUAAAUCCCACGAUUCUUGCCCUGCAAAAGAAACAGCUACAGCCUUGUGUUUCAGGAACUCUCUGGAGGUCGUACGCCUACACACCUCUGUAUCCUGAGAUCAUAAGACAUAAAAAUAAGGAAAAAAUAGCGGUUAUAAAAAGUGCUCUGCAUAUCAAACAGAUAAAAUUUAAGGGAAAGAAAACACCAGUUUCCCAGCUGCUUGUAUAUGGUCCUAGAAGCAAUAAAACAGAACUGAGAGGUAACACGCAGCAGCAGAGGACAUUACAGCUGAGUAAACAUGCAGGAAGUAUAGUUCUGAAAACUACUUUUGACGCUGAAUGCCUUACAAUUCACAUUAAAAAGCUUGCAGACAGAAAACAGAAGACAGACAAGCUAAAGGAGAGGGUAUGCACUCUUCCACAGCUGAAGCUGGAGACAUCAAAUGAAAGGCAAGUGUCAUUUCCAGGAUACACUGAUACCCCCACCAUCAUUAAAAAACUGGAACAAAAUAUUAGAGAAGAAGAGCAAAACCACCAAAGCAUUUUAGUAGACAUACCCCAACAAUAUACCCAACCAGUACAGAUUAAGUCUCAAGAAAUCAAUUACAGUAAGUUUGACACUCCAAGAAUUAGACCAGAUACGGAAUUUGCAUUCUUCGAUGCACAAAGUGUAAAGGAGGGAAAUGUAGACAUUACUACCAAAGGUUCAGUUUCAAUUCCACGGAGGAGAAAAAGAUCAAACAAAAUGAAUAUUUUCUUAAGUUCAAAAAGACAGAAUGUAAUUCUUGCAAAGUUGGUAAUUUCUCAGCAGAAGAUUGGCAAGGAGCAAGGAUUGUGGAAACCAAGGCAUUCCAAGACAAAUCUGGAGCCAGUUGACUACUCUGUUAUAGAACCCCUUCAUUUGGAAAACACAGGAAAGGUAGCUAAGGAAAGAGACGUGUGUGUUAAUAGGAAAAAUAUUUCCCAUCUAUCAGGCAGAGGAUUAGAGGAAACUAAUAUCUUACUAGGUUUCAAAGGACAAGAACUUAUUUGUCCAGAUGUAGAGGUUCAGCACAAAAUAUGGGCAGAACAGAUGAAGCAAAGUAAUGUUGCUGAAAGUUCUUUGGACUCUGUAUCUUGCCCUACUAGUGACCUUCAUUUAAAACAGGCAGUGACUAUACCAAGCAAAGAAAAUGGCAGCAAUGGAAAUCCAUGGGAAAAAAAGCAAUUAAAGUUAAGUGAUAGUCCAUUAAAGUUAAAUAAACAGAAGGCAAACUUUCCAAGAACCUUGACAGUGAAGCAGCAAAACAUUUUUAACCAGAAUAUUUUGGAAUCCAUUUCCUCUUGCAUAUUGCAUCAACUUCACACUGAACAAUCAAAGAAAGAAGUCUUAGCAAAAGAAAGAAUGAGGUCAAAAGGAUUGAGCCCAAAGGUAGAGAAAGUACCAAAUGAAGUUAGUAUUCUAGUGGAUCAACCUUCAAGUUCAGAAGGAAUUAAUUUGCAUAUUAGAAGAAAAGAACACCAACAGGAAAGUACACAUAAGGCUUUUCCACCAUCUAUCUCUCACUCUCCAGUGGAUGUUUGUCAGAUUAAGUUGCCAUGGGUAAAGGAAGCAGUUAAGGCAGAAGAUAGUCUAAGGUACUAUACUUCAAAUAUGGAAGGAAUUGACCUUUUUAUUAUAAGAAAGGCAGAACAGCAAGAAAAAACUGCAUGUAACACUCUUACAGAACUUGUAUCUCACUCCAGAACAGAUCUACUUCAAAUUAAUACUUCAUCACAACAAGUAAUAACAGAUGUGAUUCAUAGUGACCACUCAACUUCUCAAACUACAGAAGAAUUAACACAAAUGGAUGUCACAGUUGGAUAUAAUAAAAAAAGUAAGAAAAGGCAGGACUUGCUCAGCACAGGGCAAAAGCAGAAGUACAAAUCAAUUUCCUGUGAGAGCUUUCUGGAGCAUAAAUCCUACCUACAAGAUUAUCCCUGCCUCCUGCCACAUUUGUUGCCUCAAAGAGAGGAAGCAUUAUCAGAAGUCAGUAAUGUAACAGACAGGAAAAAGGAAUUGAUUGUGCCCUCAGUUCCUCAAAGGGAAAUGAAAAAACAAAAUAUAAUGCUACCUUUAGAAUUGUGCAAUAGAACUAUAAACCAUAUGAAUCUUUUAUUUUCAGAAGGAAAGAAAUCAUCAAAUGAGGCACAGAUAACUGAUUCAGUGUCAAAUGGAAGCUCACCCAAGCUUAGAAUUAGUAGUGAGAAAGUAGAAUCAUAUAAGGCAAAUCAAAAGGUGCACAAAGAAGUAUGUCUACCUGGAAUAUUUUUACAUUCUCUUUCUAUAUGCAUGCCUAUUUUGAAUGCAUAUAAAGAACAGAAGGACAGCAUAAAACAAGGAUUUAUGAAAGAUAUAACAUGUGCCCAUAGAAGAGCUCUGAGAUUGAGGAGAUCAAUAGUUUCACAUAUACUCAAUACUACUGACUGUGGUACCUCAACCCAGAGACUAGACCUGCAGUGGAACAUAAAAGAGGACGUCAUAACUAUGAAACAUAGAAAGAGUGAACCAGAUCUGGCUGUGGCAAAAAGGUAUGAGCCUAUUCCUUCUUUACCUCUUCUUAAAUUAGAUAAAGAGACAAUUGAUGGUGUUAUCUUAAAUAAUGUAAAAACACAGAGUAUAUUGAAGAAAGAGAAGGAUAGAAUGCAAACAGUAAAAGGCUCUAACAUUAUUUUGAAGGCAAAGAAAUCAUCACUGUCAAAUGUACUUGAUGGAAAGGAAGUACCUUCAAUUUUGGGCAUCACAAAAUCAGAGAGUAAGGUACAAAAAGAUAAAGGCACACCAGUUAAGCACAUAACAAGCUCAAACACUUCCUUACCAUCUCUAUCCCAUCCUAAUUUGAAUUCAAGAACAGAAGUAGGAAAAAGUGAAUCAGAAAUACUAAGCAAGUGCCUUCCACCACCAAAGCUCCAGUCGUUAUCAGAUGUCAGAAAAAUACUGUUUACAGAGUCAACUAGUAGAGGUAGUUCAAACAGUGUAAUAGAAUCAAAAUGUUUGCCACAGAAAAAGAAGACAAGUAGAGAAAAUAUAGUCAAUGUGAAAGACAUAAUGGGCCUCAUAUGUAUCACUUUACAAGGAAAGAAGUCACCUUUUAAACAACCACUGCAUGGAAAAAAACCACAGUGGACCUAUAUAAAAAAAGAAAAAAUGAUAGAGGGAGACAAAAGUAAUCUAAAGAUAGUUCAGAGUAAACCCCAGAAUGUCAUUCCUUCUUCAGCUUGCCUGGCAUGGGACCACAGAAUAAGAGAAGUAUACACACGAGGGAUAAUGAGAUUCUGUCUUCCAUCAUUAACACUGCAGGAAUUAAUGGAGGCAACAGGAACAUAUGAGAAUCCAAUUGAUAAUAUUUUAAGCAGUAUAAAAAAAGAAAAUCCUAUGUCACAGAAAGACAGGAUGGAAAUAGCUUUGGAAGAAAUAAUGCAUUCUGGGAGAAUAGCUUUUACAACAGAGCAACCUGUAGUGUCCCAGGAAUUACAGUUGAACAUUGAAGAAAGUGAGAAAAAGAUGCAGGAAGAUGAAAAUAAGCAAGUUGAGAUUCACGGCAAAUCUGCUGCCAUCUCUUUUCUACCUCACUCUGAAGUGGACACAGGAAUAAAAGGAGAGGAAGCUAUGCAAAUAAAAACAAGAUUCUCUUUUCUACAACUGAAGCUCCAGGAGUCGUCAUAUGUAGGAAAAAUGGCACCACAAGAGUCUAUUUCCGUUCAUAUCUCAAACAGUGUAAAAAACACUAUAGGACAUAUAAUACAGAAAGAAGAGGAGAGAAAAAAAGUAGAAAAAGUCAUGCCUUUGAAGAAAAGGAAAUCAUCAGUUACACAGGAAAUUAAAUGGGACAUCAAAGAGAAAAAGAUAGAAAAAAUUAAAGGUGAAUCCAAAGUGGUUCUGAUCAAUACCAGCACUCCCAUUCCUUCUCCUCAUUUAAAAUUGGGUACAAGGAUUGAAAAGGCAGACUAUGUAAGUGACAUAAUAAUAUACACUUCUCCAGAAUUAUUACAGAAGUCAUCAGACAUAGCAAUAAAAGCAAAUAAAGAGUCUCAUGAAGGUAUUACAAGUAAAGUACAAAAUGUAAAAAAACUGAUGCCACAGAAAGAAGAAGAUAAAGUAGAAAUAUUAGCCAAGAAAGACAUGCAUUCAAAAGUUAAAGACUCAAAAGGAAAGAAAAAACUUUCAUGGGACCAAUCAUCUUAUCCUGCAGAGCAAGGGAAAGUAGAUUGGGAAGGCAAAGAACAAAGAAAAAUGGAUCUAGAAGGUAAAGAGCAGGGGAAAUGGGAUCAGGAAGGCAAAGGGCAAUUGAAAGCAGGUAGAAAAGGUAAUGAGCAAAGGAAAAUGGAUCCAGAAACCAGAGAGCAGGUGAGCAUGGGCCCAGGAGGUAGACAGCAAGGGAAAGCAGCUCCAGAAACCAGAGAGCAAGGGAAAGCAGCUCCAGAAACCAGAGAGCAAGAGAAAGCAGCUCCAGAAAUGAGACAGCAAGGGAAAGCAGCUCCAGAAACCAGAGAGCAAGAGAAAGCAGCUCCAGAAAUGAGACAGCAAGGAAAAGCAGCUCCAGAAACCAGAGAGCAAGAGAAAGCAGCUCUGGAAAUGAGACAGCAAGGGAAAGCAGCUCCAGAAACCAGAGAGCAAGAGAAAGCAGCUCCAGAAAUGAGACAGCAAGGAAAAGCAGAUCCAGAAACCAGAAAGCAAGAGAAAGCAGCUCCAGAAAUGAGACAGCAAGGGAAAGCAGCUCCAGAAACCAGAGAGCAAGAGAAAGCAGCUCCAGAAAUGAGACAGCAAGGAAAAGCAGCUCCAGAAACCAGAGAGCAAGAGAAAGCAGCUCCAGAAAUGAGACAGCAAGGGAAAGCAGCUCCAGAAACCAGAGAGCAAGAGAAAGCAGCUCCAGAAAUGAGACAGCAAGGGAAAGCAGCUCCAGAAACCAGAGAACAAAGGAAAGCAGCUCUGGAAAACAAUCCAGAAAUGAGAGAGCAACAGAAAGCAGUUCCAGGAACCAGAAACCAAGGGAAAGAAGAUCCAAAAGUCAGAAAACAAAGGAAAGCAGCUCUGGAAACCAGUGAGCAAGAAAAGGAAGCUCCAGAAACUACGGAGCAAGAGAAAGCAGCUCUAGAAAUCAGAGAGCAAGAGAAAGAUGGUCCAGAAACCAGAGACCAAGGGAAAGAAGAACCAGAAACCAGAAAACAAAGGAAAGCAGCUCUGGAAACCAGUGAGCAAGAAAAGGAAGCUCCAGAAACUGCGGAACAAGAGAAAGCAGCUCUGGAAACCAGAGAGCAAAAGAAAGAAGGUUCAGAAACCAGAGAGCAAGAGAAAGAAAGUCCAGAAACCAAAGACCAAGGGAAAGCAGGUUCAGAAACCAAAGAGCAAGGAAAGACAGCUCCAGAAAGCAGGAAAAAAAGAAAAGCAACUCCAGAAACAAGGGAACAAGAGAAAGUAGCUCCAGACACCAGAAAGCAAGUGAAAUCAGCUCUAGAAACAAGAGAGCAAGAGAUAGAGGGUUCAAAAACCAGAGAUCAAGGAAAAGCAGCUCCAGAAAGCAGGAAAAAAAGAAAAGCAGCUCCAGAAACAAGGGAACAAGAGAAAGCAGCUCCAGAUACCAGAAAGCAAGUGAAAUCAGCUCUAGAAACAAGAGAGCAAGAGAUAGAGGGUUCAAAAACCAGAGAUCAAGGAAAAGCAGCUCCAAAAACAGGAGAACAAGAGAAAGAAGUUCCAGGAACCAGAGAGCAAGGGAAAACAUCUCCAGAAACCAGAGAACAAGGAAAAGCAGUUCCAGAAACCAGAGAGCAAGAAGAAGCAGCUCAAGAAACCAGAGAGCAAGAGAUAGAAGGUCCAGAAACCAGAGAGCAAGAGAAAGCAGCUCCAGGAACCGGAGAUCAAGGUAAAAGAGGUCCAGAAACCAGAGAACAAGAAGCAGCAGCUCCAGAAAUGAAAGAACAAGAAAAUGAAGAUUCACAAACCAGAGAGCAAGAGAAACCAGGUCCAGACACCAGAGAACAAGGUAAAACAGGACCAGAAACCAAAAAGCAAGGGAAAACACCUCCAGAAACAAGAAAACAGGAGAAAGAAAGCCCAGAAAUCAGAGAACAAGAAAGUGAAGGUCCAGAAACCAAACAACAAGGUAAAGCAGCUCCAGAAAUGACAGCUCCAGAAAUAAGAGAGCAAGAGAUAGAAGGUCUAGAAACUAGAGAACAUGAGAAAGAAGCUCCAGAAACCACAGAGCAAGGAAAACCAGUUCCAGAAACCAGAAAACUGGGGAAAGCAGCUCCAGAAACCAGAGAACAAGAGAACACAGAUCCAGAAACCAGAGAGGAAGGGAAAGCAGCUCCAGAAACCACAGACCAAGAAAAAGCAGCUCCAGAAACCAGAGAGCAAGAGAUAGAAGGUCUAGAAACCAGAGAACAUGAGAACGCAGAUCCAGAAACCAGAGAGGAAGGGAAAGCAGCUCCAGAAACCAUAGACCAAGAAAAAGCAGCUCCAGAAACCAAAGAACAAGAAAAUGAAGGUCCAGAAACCAGACAACAAGGUAAAGCAGCUCCAGAAAUGAGACAGCAAGGAAAAGCAGCUCCAGAAAUAAGAGAGCAAGAGAAAGCAGCUCCAGAAAUGAGACAGCAAGGGAAAGCAGCUCCAGAAAUAAGAGAGCAAGAGAUAGAAGGUCUAGAAACUAGAGAACAUGAGAAAGAAGCUCCAGAAACCACAGAGCAAGGAAAAUCAGUUCCAGAAACCAGAAAACUGGGGAAAGCAGCUCCAGAAACCACAGACCAAGAAAAAGCAGCUCCAGAAACCAACGAACAAGGAAAUGAAGGUCCGGAAACAAGAGAACAAGGUAAAGCAGCUCCAGAAAUGAGACAGCAGGGGAAAAUAUCUCCAGAAACAGGAAAGCAGAGGAAAGAACGUCCAGAAACCAGAGAGCAAGGAAAAGCAGUUCCAGAAGCCAGAAAACCAGGGAAAGCAGCUCCAGAAACCAGAGAGCAAGAAGAAGCAGCUCCAGAAACCAGAGAGCAAGAAGCAGCUCCAGAAACCAGAGAGCAAGAGAUAGAAGGUCUAGAAACCAGAGAACAUGAGAACGCAGAUCCAGAAAUCAGAGAGCAAGGUAAAGCAGCUCCAGAAACCAGAGAACAAGAAAAUGAAGGUCCAGAAACCAGAGAGCAAGGAAAAGCAGGUCAAGGAGUCAGAGAGGCAGGGAACGUGGUUCCAGAAAACAUAGAGCCAGGGAACGCAGCUCUAGAAAUCAGAAGGCCACAGAAUGUGGCUCCAGAAACCAUACAGCAAGGAAAUUCAGGUCUGGAAACCAGAGAGCAAGGGGAAGCAAGUUUAGGAGGCAGAGAACAAGGAAACAUGGAUCCAGAAACUAAAGAGCCAGGAAACAGGGGUCCAGAAACCAUAGGGCAAGGGAAUGUGGAUCCAGAAACCAGAGAGCCAGAGACCUCAGGUCCAGUAGGAAGAGAGCAAGGAAAAGUAAAUUCAGAAACAAGUGAGCAAGGGAAUGUGGAUCCAGAAGGCAGAGAGGAAGUGAAAGUGGAUUCUAAGAGGAAAGAACAAGGAAACACAGUUGGAGAAGGUAAAGAGCAAGAGAAAUGGGAUCCAGAAGGCAGACAGCCAGGAAAUGCAGAAGCAGAAGGCAGAGUGUUAGGGAAUGUGGAUCCAGAUGGCAAAGUAGAGGAUGUGGAUCCAGAAAGCAGACAGCAAGAGAAUGCAGAACCAGAAGGCACAGAACAAGAUAAUGUAGAACCAGACAGCAGAGAGGUAGGGAUUGUGGAUCCAGAAGGUAGAGAAGUAGAGAAUAUGAAUCAAGAAGGCAGAGAGGCAGGGAACAAGCAUUCAGAAACCAGAGAGCAAGGGAACGUGUUUCCAGAACGCAGAGACCAAGGGAACCCAGAUCCAGAAGACAGGGAGAUAGGCAUUGUGGGUCCGGAGAUCAGAGAGCAAUGGAGCAUGAAUGUAGAAGGCAGAGACCAAGGGAAUGUGGACCCAGAAACCACAGAGCAAAGGAACCCAGAAGGCAGAGACCAAGGGAAUGCAGACCCAGAAACUGGAGAGCAAGGGAACAUGGGUCCAGAAGGCAAGGACCGAGUGAACAUGGACCCAGGUGGCAGAGACAUAGGGAAUGAGGCUCUAGAAACCAGAGAGCAGGGGACUGUGGAUCCAGGAAGCAGAAAGCAAAAGAACAUGGACCCAGAAGGCAGAGAGGUACAGAAUGCAGAUCCAGAAACUAGAGAGCAAGGGAACUUGGGUCUAGAAACCAGGAAGCAAGAGAACCUGGGUCCAGGAGGCAGAGAGGUAGGGAAAGCAAAUCCAGAAACCAAAGAGCAAGGAAACACAGAUUCAGAAACCAGAGAGAAAGGGAAAGCAGAACAGAAAGGCAGGGAGCUGGGAAAAAGAGCUCAAGAUAGCAGCCAGCAAGGAGAAACAAAUGAAGAAGGUGAAGAUGAACAAGAAGUCGUUUUGUUCUUGCAUUUACCUUCUGUGUCCUCUGUAAUUUAUCCUGAAUUGGACACAAGAAAAGAAGAAGAAAAAGAAGGGAAACAAGAAAUAAGACCUGCUAUUUCACAGAACUCAUUUGUUGCUGAGAAAAUAACAAUUAGGGAUGAUAUCUCAAAUAAUGUAUACACAAUACAAGAGUCUGAGCCACAGAAACAAGCGGAUAGAGAAGAAGCAGCAAGUAUGAACUAUAACAUGCCUGCUGAAGGCAUGACUGUCAAGGCAGAGCAAUUGCCACUUCCACAGUUACCCAAUCUCAGUGGAGAUAGUGGCUCAAGAUCUACUGUGGUGCAGACAAAAGGAAGAGAAAACUUGGGGAAUGUGCAGGAAAGAGAAAGUGAACUAGGUGAAAUUCUGACAUUACCUUCUAUGCCUCACUAUGAAUUAGACAAAGGAUUAGAAAUCAAGGAUGAGAAACCAGAGGCAGCAAGAUCCUUCCUUUCAUCCUUACAGCACGUGGAAUCAUCCAGUGCAGAGGAAUUAAAAUACCCAGUGUCACCUUCGAAUGAUAUCUCAAGCGAUUUUGAAAGAACAAAAUGCAUGACCCAGGUUGAAGAAGAUAAAGCAAAUAUUUCUGAGAAAAGCAUAAGGCAUCCCAAGUACAGGGCUGUAGAGGCAAAGAAAUCACCCCCUUCCCAUAUACUCGAAAUAAGGAAAGGGCAAGUAAACUUCACAGUGCAAGAGAAGCAGAAGCAGGAAACAGUCAUGUCCCUGAGCAAAGGACAUUUCUACUUCAUUUCCUCUUCAACUCACUUGAAACUAGAAACAAUAAAAGAAGAGGAUGAGGAGUCAGAAUUAAUAAAAUGUGAUGUACUACAUCCUGUGUCCCAGGAAUUACUGCUUUCAGAACAAAUGGCAUCUACAGAGUCUACUGCUAGCCAAAUAAAAAGCAUAAAUCAAAACCUACCACAGAAAGAAGACAGAGUACAAACAGUAGCCACAAGUAGCUUAAUGCACCCCAAUGGGAUGGUUUUCAAGGCACAGACAUCAGCACCUCCACAUGUGCAUGGACUUACAGAGCAGAGUCCUCUGAGCAAGAGAAAGGAACCACAGUGGUGCACUGAAGAGAAAGUAGGACAGAAGCAGAAAGGAACAGCAGAUCCUGAAGUGGCUCUGACAAAAACUUAUCUUUCCACGUCUUCUCCAGCUCACCAAAGAUCCUUCCCCACACAGUCAAAGCAUCCCACAUCAGCAGAUACUUUGCUGAUUAGCCAUGCAGACCCAAAUGAAAGUAUCAGCUCACAUAAUGCCAUAUUAAAAGCAAGGCAAUUUGUGCCACGUAGAGGGGCAAAUGACAGAGGAAAGACAGAAGAUGCAACAGGUAGAAUGCUGCCUGAAAAAAUAGGUUUCACAGGAGAGACCAAUCCACCCGCACAUCUGUGUAACAGAAGGAAAGCACCAUUGAGUGUUAAAGAGCAAAGAAAAGAGCCUCAGGAGGGGAAGAGUGAACCAGGCAUGAUUCGGAGGAAAAGCUAUGCUUUAUUGCCUUUUCUGUCUUACUUGAAAUGGGAUGGUAGCACAGACGAAAGGGAAGGCACACCAGAAAGAACACAGUUCCAUCUUCCACCACGAAGGAUUCAGGAUCCGUCAACUUCAGGCAAAAAACCAUAUACUGAGGCGUUGGAUAGUUGUAUGCGAAGCUACAGAAAAGAACCAAUACGAUCUACUACACAACAAGGAGAGAAAGACAGAAUAGAUACACAAGACAAAAUGCUUCCCGAAUGUAUGGGUCAGAAGGUGAGGAAAUUACCACUUCCACAUGUACUCAGCAUCAAAGAGUUGCAGUGGAAAAUUAGAGAACGAAAGAGAAAGACGGAAGAAGAACAAAAUGAACUAGUUGCAGCUCUGACAAAUAGAGCUACAAAAUUGUCCCUCCCACAAUUACAGUUCCAGGAAUUAUCAGAUGCAGGAAGAAUAGCAUGCCCAGAAGCAAUUGUUGGAGAACUUUCAAAUGAAGUCAAAGAAUUUAAAAAACACAUGCUACAGAAAGAAAAGGCUAAAGAACAAGUUCUGGAUAUGAGUAGCACAGUGAAUCCCAACAUGUAUUUAAAGACAAAGAAAUCACCUACAUUACAUACACACAGUUUAGGAGGCCUUCAUUGGCGAACUAGAGAGCCUGAACAGAAGGUCAAGGAAGUUCAAAGUAAGCCACUAGUGACACUGACUGAGACUUCUGCUUCUAGACCUCGCACACUUUACCUUGGAGUGAAUACGGGAAUCAAGAAAGAAAGCACACCAGUGUUAGCAACAUCCUCUUUUCCCACAGAAAACUUCCAGAAAUCCUUAGAUUCUGAAGGGGGCAUAUAUAUAAAGCCAGCUACUGGUGAUAUUUCAGUCAGUCUACAAAAAGGAAAACAGUAUAUGCCACAAAAGAAGGAAGAGGAUGGAGUACAAAUAGUAAACAUCAUAAUGUUCCCCAGACAUCCAGAAAUGAAGGUGCAGGAAUGCAAAGACGAAGCAGGUGUGGUUUUGACCAAAUCCUCUACUUCAUUAGCUCCGCUUCACACCAAAGUAGAUGAAGAAACACACGAUGAAAUGCUGAAACUGAUAAGGUCUGUUUUGCAGAGAAUAUCAAAUAUGGGAGAAACAGUACCUAAAGACUCAAUGGCUGGUGAAACCAUGGAAGAUGUUAAAAACAGAAAGCAAGAAGAGAGGGACAGAGAAAAAAUGGUAGACAGGAGAGGCACAGAUGUCACUCUGAAAUCAAAGAAAUCAACUCCUUCCUGUAAAGUCCACAGGACAGAACUGCAUGUGAAUAUCAGAGGGCAAGAGCAAAAGGAAUGUGAAGGGCAGGGUGAGCCACAAGGUACAGCUCUAAGAAAAAUUUAUGCUUCCAAGACUUCUCUAGUUAACCUUAAACUGGAUAAAGGUAUACAAGUGCAGGAAGAAAGACUUGAAAACAAAACAUUAUCUCUUGUCCCACUAAUGCUUUCAGCAUUAUCAGAAGCAGAGAAAAUAGCAGAUUCAGAGCCAAUGAGUAGUGACAUAAGAAAAGGAAAACAAAAAUAUACAUUACAGGAAGAAACAAGGUAUAAAGUGAAAACAGUGGAUCUGAGCAUAAGGAUGCAUGACAAAGUGGCAAAAAUUUCACAGAUUUCACCUAUCUUUAAUUCAAAUGCAUUUGUGUUGAAUAUCAGAAUGUCAGAGAAAAAAGAGAAUGAAGGUAAAGGUGAAUCAUGUGUGGUUCUGACCAAGACUUUUCUUUCUAUACCAUCAGCACCUCUCCUUUAUCUGGAAUCAGGGAGCAAAACAGACAAAGGCACACUAAAAAUUACAGAAUCUUCUUGUCCACAGAAAAAUCUGCAGGAAUCCUCAAAUACCCAGAAAAUACCAAAUAAAGAACCAGUUGAAGUUGACUGUAAAAAUAUUACUAAACACACAGAACACUACGUGUCCCCCAAAGAGGCAGAGCAACCGUGGACUUCGAACUUCAUGAUCCGUGUCAAACAAAGGAAUGAGCCUUCCCGAGUCAAAGAAGAUCAAAACAUUUAUUUUACAGGAUUUGAUACUGUAAGAAGUGGAAAAGGGCUGAAGUGGUUCUUUACAGAGCAAAAGGCUAAGUCAAAGCAAUAUGAAAAAGAAACUCUAACCACAUUUCUUUCCUGCCCCACAAUGGAUGCAACUAAAGUUGGAAAUCUUAAGAAAGAAACUGAAAUAAUGGAUAAUUUCAACCAGCAAGCAAUCCCCAGGGUUUCAGUUCCAUUGCCAGUGGAAAUAUCCAGGGAAAUAUAUGCCACAGUUGGCACUGCUGUAGGUACAAAAGGGUUUUCUGGUCCAGCAAGAGAUACCCGACAACCAGGAGCUUCAUCAAAAGCACCUCCAGGAUCUGUGGAUUCAUGUAAACUUGAUAAGUCACAGAAGGAUGUACGAAGGAAAAGUAAACUUAGCAGAACGUGGAAAACCACAGUGUGCCCCAGCCUACAAAUAUUACCGGGAACACACAUGGGUGUUACAGAGUCUGGUGCCAGAAGAGGGCAAAAAGAGCACACAUUGCUUGUUUCCGAACACAAGGAGCAUGUUGUAUGGUCACUCCAGGAUUCCCUUCCCUGCCCCUCGACCACUCAGCUUCAAUGUAGAGAUCUGGAGGAUAAAGGUGAAACUGAGACAGACAUCACUAUAAAGCUGGAACAGAACAAAUUAGAAAUGGGAAACAACAAUAUUGUGACUCAGGAAGAAAGCAAAUUUAAAAUGGACACUUGUAAGGCCGUAGGUCUGGAAGAAGACAAAACAGGAAUGCUGAAGCGUGCUGUCAAUCUAGAGAAGGAGAAAGUCACAGCAGGCCCAAGUAGCACAGUCAACCUGCCUGAAUCUCAAAUGAAUCAGGUAAUUGCUCAUGUAGACAACAGCUGCGUGGUCAAGCAAAAGCACAGAAGGAAACGAGAAGUGUCUGGUUCAGAACAAAUCAUUCAACUACAAAAAUUUCUUCAAAGAAGUAUUCUGGAUUCAUUUUAUGCCUAUAUUCCUUUUACUCCCAAAUCUGAAGGCCAGAAAGAAAGAGUGAUCAUAUCAGGCCUGCAAAAAGAAUUGAGACCCAAAUAUUUAACUGUGAAAACCCCAAAUCACCCAAUUCCGCAGGAUGCAGGCAUCACAGGACAUGGGAAAUUAGAGUGUGGCACCAACAGACCGAACAACAUCAUCUCCUGGAGUAAAGGUGCCUCAGGCAUAGUUAUCAGAAGUCUUUCAAUUUCCAUGAUGAGUCCGCCUCACACUGAAGAAACAGUGGAAUCUAAGACAAAUGUAGAAAGAGAAAAGAGAAGCUGUCUUUCUAAGUUCCAGGAGGAACCACCACAUGUUAGUCUGAUUGUUAAGAAAGACACCUUAGCAGUUGUAAAAGGGGAAGAUAAUUUUACAGACACAGUUGCACAAGAUUCCCGGCCUUUUGUGGUAGAUGAACAACAAAGGCAGAAACUUCCGAAGUCAGAAGCAAACCUCAGAAGGGAAAUAAGUAAAAGGACUUUACCUCCACAAAUGAAAGAAAGCAUUGCUCCUUGUCAUGAUGUCUCAAGGAUCAUUAAAAAACCCGACUUGCAUAUGCUUGACCAAGAAGGAAAGAUGCCAAACUACACUCUGACAUCCACAAAGUGUCCAUUUGUGUUUGAAGAUCCAAAGAAAAAGAGGGGAAGAGAUGAGAGUGAGCCGAAGUGGGAAACGACCACACGAAAGGUCCCCCAACAGCAACAAGAAGCUCUUCCAGGAAUUGUGCACAUACCACCUCGAGUUAAAAGUAGUGAGAUUAAAACUGUUGCAUAUAGCAGAAGUGCCGAAUAUUUACUCCCUAUUUUUGAAAUAAUUAAAAAUGUAUUUGAAGCUCAGAUAAAAAAUAUGUUCCAAGAUAAAGUUGCUUCUGAUAAACUGGGAAAAGUUCAAACCUGUAAUCCUGAUGACUUGAAGGCACAAUCUGUUCCAGAAUGUCCAGGCACAUCAACAACAAUACAUACCAAACUGCAGCACAAACCCCUUCUGGGGCAUUUUACUCUUGAAGAAAAACAUAAAUUCACUAACCAUUUGGAGUUAAAAGCACUCGAAAUAAGACAAAAUCUGAUACCGGAGGUGGCAAAAAAAUCUUCACAAAAGUUCAACUUUUAUCCAAUCGGGGCUAUUUCAAAAGAGAAUAGCUUUAAUAGAUUAAUGAGUGCUGUAUCUCCAGAAGGGGUUGAUAAGGAAGAACUUAAUUUGGACCACAAAUACCAAAAAGAUGCACAGCCUAUCAGCUAUAAGAAGAAACCAAUUGCUAAUGUUUCAAGUGACAGCAAAGGGGUCCUUACAAAGUUCAAGACCACUGAUAAGCUACAGUGUGGGAAAUUUCCAGUGCCUGCUGCUGAAAUGCCAUUGCCCCAUGUUCUCCAGAUCUACUCAGAAGAAGACAAAGACAAACUUUUCAUGCACUUUUCUGUGAAAAUAUUGGAAGUACAAAUGAGAACAUUUCCCAAACCUGUGAGAGAAUCUUAUGCAAUGGCCAGUACUUGCGGUAGAACUAAACCUUUAUCUCUCUCUCUUCAUUCUGUGAAAGUACCAAAACAGAAAAACAGAAUCUUCUUACUUUUUGACAAAAAGUCUCUUCAUCAAAUAGACCUUGAUUUACAAUACAAACAUCUUCGUUUUCUCCUAGGGCUGCCUGUGGAAAGCAUGUUCCCUAAGCCAAAUGCUCUUCCCAAGCAUAUUCUUAAAUUAAACACAACUGCAGGAUGUAAGAAAGUAAAUGAUAGUGGAGAAAGUCAUGCUCUUCCCUUUGAUACAGAACUGUUAGAACAACAUAUCUCUUUCAAAAAGCAGAGUCCUCAUGAAAACUCUUCACUCAUCAGAAAAUUCCUGGAGCCAACCCAUGUGCGUGCUUCUGACCCUGGUCUCCACAGCGCGGUGCAGAAAGAUACUAGUCUACACAGCGCGGGACAGAAAGAUACUAGAGUUCUCACAGAGUUAGAAGCCCGUGUGACCCCAGAAAAAGAGAAACAAUAUCGUGUCUGCUUUCAAGAAACAAGUAUCUAUAAAUCUUUUAAUUUACGGACUCAGGAAAAGGUCACUAGUUUAGUUGGUUCACGUUCAACUCAGAUUUCUAAAGAUAUUACUGAUAUUCAGACCAUUAGUGAGAAGUCAGCUAAUUUGGAGGAAUGUCCAGUUCCUGAAGUGCGAGAGAGUAAGGAAUGUAUGUUUUUAGAAGCCAACUCUUACUUAAGUCAAGACUCGCAAAACAUUCUAAAUGAAUUACAAAAAGGCAUUCCUUUGGAACAUCUCUCCAAGAAGAAAGAAACCACUACUCAGUUGAAGCCAUUUCACAGGGAGGGUUCAGGUUUUCAUCGUCUUAGUACCUGUAGAAGACAUACCUUAAUUGUGACAUCACCUUCCUCUGAAUCCCAGAAAAGUAGGAAACACAGUUCAUCUUCCAAAGGGCAGUCUCCUGACAUGUUGUGCCGGAGUUCACUAAAUGCUGCAGAACUUCAGUCCACGUCGUCUUCCCUAUCCUUCGGUGAGGAAAAAAGUUCAUGCACAACAAAGAGCGGAACAAGUUACUCUUUAGCUUCCCUGACUGAAGCAAACAUUAAAUUACAUCUUGCACAAAACCAAGACAAGUCUCACAGGCGUUCGGAAUACAAAAACAGAAAAAAAGGUAAAUUUGAUGUAUGCAGAAGGAACAUUGUUCGUUGGGACUGUGAUCACAGUUACGCACACAGUAAAGACAAGCACAUAAGAAAGAAGAAAAUGAGGGAUCAUGAGUCAGAAAGGUUGGAUUAUUUCCAGAGCAAACAGAGAUCAGCAGCAAAACCUCAGCAUGGGGGUACCAGCUUCCAUUCCGAAAGAAAACAGAGCCAGCCGUUUUUUUAUGUCUGUACACCAGCAGAUUCACUGGAUGUUGUACCCAAAACCAUUCGCUGGACUAUCCCCUCCAAAACCUUAAAGAAGAGAAGCUUCAGAAUCCCCAUGGUGGCAAAGAUUUCAAGUCCUUGGAAUAUAUGGAGUUCAUCCAAAAAGUUAUGGGAGUCACUCACAGGGUCCUUCCUUUAGUACAGCUCAGCAAAGCUGAUGUUACCAUCUCCAGAGUGCUCUGAAGUGAGAAGCUGGCCUCUGUGAUGGUAUCCUGUGAGGAAUAAAA